AUGGAUAUACAAAACAUAACCUCUACUGAUACAAUGAAUAUUCAAAAUGUAAUCUCUACUGACUCUGUGACUUCGUCACUCAUACCAGUAUCUCCUGCUGCUGACAACACCAUCACUGUCACAAGUUUAACAUCUUCAAAAAGCACUUCAGCAGUUUGGGAACACUUUACCUUAUUAUCAAAUAAACUAAAGGCAAAAUAUAAAUAUU